UUAUUGAUAUUGCAUCACAAUUUAUCAAAAGCAUUCUCUCAACAUUUUUCAAUCAAUCUCCCCCUUUUUCCUGUAAAAUUCACCAAAAUUUCAUCACCCAAAAACUCUAUUUUUGGCAAAAGUUUUACUAUUUAUCUCAAGUUAUGUAUACAACAUAACUUUAGGAAUCCAUUAAAAAAAAGUUAGUCAAAAAGUAGGGUGAAAAAUACUUGCAGAUGGGCACUUCUCACCGGUUCAUCCUAGUAUGCCUUGUACUACUUUCAUGUUCUACCAUGAGAGGCUCCGAGGCAGCCAACGAGGACGCGGUAGUUGAUCUAAACGACGACGUUUUGGGCUUAAUAGUGUUCAAGGCAGACCUCCAUAACCCACCAGCAUUGAGCUCAUGGACUGAGGAUGAUGGAUCUCCUUGCUCUUGGAAGUUCAUUCAAUGCAACCCGGCCACGGGCCGGGUUUCCGGGGUUUCCCUGACAAGACUCGGGCUUUCGGGGAGGUUAGGGAAAGGGUUGCAGAAGCUGCAAGGGCUUAAGGUACUGUCACUGUCUAACAACAAUCUUACUGGUGAAAUAAGGCCAGAAUUAGUCCAGCUUCCUAACCUUGAAACACUUGAUCUUAGUAACAACAAAUUUUCAGGGCAAAUUCCAAGUUCAUUUUCGAGACUCGGUUCUUCUAUAAGAUACCUUGAUCUCUCUCAGAACAUGUUAUCUGGUCCAUUGUCUGAUGACAUUUUCCAAAACUUUCCUUCAUUAAGCUACCUUUCCUUAUCAGGAAACACCUUUGAAGGUCCAGUACCAAGUUCACUGUCUAAAUGUAGUGUUUUAAAUGGGUUGAACCUUUCAAAUAAUCAUUUUUCUGGUAACCCAUUUGUCCAAAAUGGUGGGAUUUUUGCUUUGAAUAGGCUUAGAUUGUUAGACCUUUCAAACAAUUUAUUCUCUGGUAAUAUCCCAAAUGGUAUUUAUACCUUGCAUAAUCUCAAGGAAUUAUAUUUGCAAGGCAACCAAUUUUCGGGUUCGGUACCAUUUGAUAUUGGCCUAUGCCCCCAUUUGCUUAAACUUGAUCUUAGCAGUAAUUUGUUUACUGGAGUAAUCCCUACUACAUUUGGUACACUAAAAUCUCUGGUUUUUCUAAGUUUAGCCCAUAAUAAAUUAUCUGGUGAGUUUCCUCAGUGGGUUGGAAAAUUGACCAGUUUGCAACAUUUAGAUGUCUCAAACAAUGGUUUAACAGGAGUUUUACCCAUGUCCAUGGGUGACCUAAAAUCACUUCAAUCUCUAAGUAUGUCACACAACAAGAUUACUGGGACUUUACCCACUUCAAUAGUUCAAUGCACUAACCUAAAAGUCCUCCAACUUAAGGGUAACCUCUUCUAUGGAAGCAUCCCAGAAGGCCUCUUUGCAAUGGGAAUGCAGUUGAUAGACCUGUCAGAAAACAGCUUUUCUGGCUCGAUUCCACCGGCCUCGGGUCAAGUAUUUGAGUCCUUGCUUGUGCUGGAUUUGUCAAAGAAUGAUCUUUCAGGGGAAAUCCCACCAGAAAUGGGACUUUUCUCUAACUUGAGGUACUUAAACUUGUCCAGGAAUAACCUCCAUUCUAGGAUACCCCCAGAGAUUGGGUUCCUUCAGAAUUUAACAGUCUUAGAUAUGAGGAACAGUGCCUUAUAUGGGUUAAUUCCUGGGGAUUUGUGUGAUUCAUCAAGCAGCUUGUCUAUUCUUCAGUUGGAUGACAAUUCCUUGACAGGCCCUAUUCCACAGGAAAUUGGCAAUUGUUCAUCACUCUAUCUGUUGACCUUGUCUCACAAUAACUUAAGCGGCGAAAUCCCGAGCUCCAUCUCAAUGCUAAAGGGGCUUGAAUUUCUGAGGCUAGAAUCGAACGAGCUUGAUGGGGAGAUGCCAAAAGAGCUAGGUACAUUACAAAAUCUUCUAUCAGUUAAUGUCUCCUAUAACAAGCUCAUUGGUAGGCUUCCUCCUGGGGGAAUAUUUCCUAGUUUGGAUGCAAGUGCAUUACAAGGAAAUUUGGGAAUCUGUUCUCCCUUACUAAAAGGCCCUUGCAAGCUAAAUGUACAGAAGCCAUUAGUCCUUGAUCCAAAUUCAUAUCCACACCAGAUGCAUGGAAAUAACGAGGGAGACGAGUUAGACAGAAGAUUAGAUCAUCACAAUUUCCUCAGUAUUUCAGCCAUUGUUGCGAUAGCAGCUGCUGUAAUAAUCGUUAUUGGAGUAGUUAUCAUAACUCUACUUAACGCUUCUGCAAGGAGGAGACUCGCUUUCAUUGACAACGCGUUGGAAAGCAUCUUCUCAAGCUCUUCUCGGUCAGGAGCACCCUCUGUAGGGAGGCUAGUCCUCUUUGAUACAAGAUCGUCAGGGAAUUUGUUUGCAGACCCUGAAUCUCUGAUCAACAAGGCCUCUGAAAUCGGAGGAGGGAAUUUCGGUACAGUUUACAAGGCUACUAUAGGGGCCGAAGGCAGGAUCGUGGCAGUGAAAAAGCUCUACAUGUCCAACCCCAUAGUUGAAUACCCAGAAGACUAUGAUAGGGAAGUCAGAGCUUUAGGAAAAGUCAGACACUUAAAUGUGGCAUCCCUUAGAGGAUAUUACUGGACUCCUCAAUUGCAACUCUUGGUAUCAGAUUAUGCUUCUAAUGGCAGCCUUCAAUUCAGGCUUCAUGAAAGGCCACUAAAUUUAGCUCCUCUUUCUUGGGAUACAAGGUUCAGAAUCUUACUUGGAACAGCUAAAGGGCUCGCUCAUUUACAUCAUUCUUGCAGCCCACCAAUUAUUCAUUACAACUUGAAACCAAGCAACAUUUUACUAGAUGAAAAUUACAAUGCUAAGAUUUCUGACUUUGGACUAGCUAGACUGCUAACCAGGGUUGACAAUAAUGGUAUGGCUAGCAAUAGAUUUCAGGGUGCACCAGGGUAUGCAGCACCUGAAUUAGCAUGUCAGGGUUUGAGAGUUAACGAAAAAUGUGAUGUGUAUAGUUUUGGAGUUAUGGUGCUUGAGAUUAUUACAGGAAGAAGGCCUGUAGAAUACGGGGAAGAUAAUGUGGUGAUAUUGAAUGAUCAUGUAAGAGUGUUACUCGAAGAAGGGAAUGUGUUGGAUUGUGUUGAUCAUAGCAUGGGGGAGUAUCCUGAUGGGGAAGUGUUGCCUGUUUUGAAAGUGGCACUUGUUUGUACCUCACAAGUUCCUUCGACCAGGCCUUCAAUGUCUGAGGUUGUUCAGAUUCUUCAAGUGAUCAAAACCCCAGUUCCUCAGAGACAAGAAGCUUACUGAAUUUAAGUAGGUAGUACUUAGUAGGAUGUGAAGUAAUUUUAUGCCUUUUUUUUUGUAAUGUUUUGGAAUUUGGACAAGGAUUUCAUAGUCAGUUUCUGAUGUCAUUUGCAGAUAGUAUGUGUUUUGUACGGAGUAACUCUUUGCAAAACAGUAAAUUUUAGUAAUAUUGCUCCAUUUUCCUUUUAAGGAUA